CUAAAGGUACAGGACGACUUUGCUGCAUUGAGGGGCCAAUGGACGGGCCAUGUAUUGUAAAAUCUUGAAUGAGAACCUUAUUCCCUCAGCCAACACUGAAGAUGGAUGGUGGAUGGGUCUCCCAGCAUGACAAUGACCCAAAACAUACCUUCAAGGCAACAAAGGAGUGGCUCUAGAAGAAGCACAUUAAGCACUUGCCAUCCUGAGGAUUUACCCCCCUUAAUGACCAGGCUUCUUUUUGCUAUUCGGCUCUGCACUAUUUCAGCUGAUAAUUGCGCAGUCAUGCAAUGCUUCACCCAAACAAAAUUUACAUCCUUUUUUUCACACAAAUAGAGCUUUCUUUUGGUGGUAUUUGAUCACAUGUGCGGUUAUUAUUUUUUA